ACUCGUCCCCGAAGCCACGUCCCUCUUUUCGCCGUAGCGCGCAUGGGCGUCCUGCCUAAGCUCUGCUCUUGGCGGAGAUCGCGCUUUCAACGCAAUGGCUACCUCCUUGUGUCACCCGCCGUCGGCGCAGCCUGUUACUCACCUGAUCUUUGACAUGGACGGUCUGCUUCUGGAUACUGAACAUCUUUAUACUAUUGUGUUCCAAAAUAUCUGCAAUCGCUUUGGGAAAACCUACACCUGGGAUGUGAAAUCCUUAGCAAUGGGUAAAAAAGCAUUGGAAGGAGCAGAAAUCAUUCGCGACGCAUUGGACCUUCCAAUCACCAAAGAAGAGCUGUUACAUGAAAGUAAAAUCAUGCAAGAAAAAUUGUUUCCUAUAGCUACAUUGAUGCCAGGAGUUGAAAAACUAAUCCACCAUCUACACAAACAUGACAUUCCUAUAGCUGUUGCUACUAGUUCAUCUCGAGUGACAUUUGAAAUGAAAACAAGCCGACACAAAGACUUCUUUGCUUUAUUUCAUCAUAUUGUCUUGGGAGAUGACCCUGAAGUAAAGCAUGGCAAGCCACAACCUGAUGUGUUUUUAGUUUGUGCAGAGAGAUUUGAUCCUCCUCCAUGUCCAGAAAAGUGUCUUGUGUUUGAAGAUGCUCCCAAUGGAGUGAAGGCGUCACUGAAGGCGGGUAUGCAAGUGAUCAUGAUUCCAGAUGAAAACUUGAACAAAGACCUUACAAAAGAAGCAAGCCUAGUGCUGGGGUCCAUGAGUGAUUUCAAGCCAGAAUUGUUUGGUCUGCCACCAUUUGAUUGAACAUAGUUUUUUUUUAAUUAAAAAAUGGUGUUUUUUAAAAAGAAACAGUUUUUUUUUCUUUUUAGUAUUGUUUCAUUAUUUACACUUCGGCUUAAUUCAGUAUUAAAAUCACAGAAUUAAAAUGCAUUUGAAGCCUAAGAGGUUUCUAGAUUAUACACUCAUUCAAAAAGUAAUGCUCUUUUUCAUAAAAAAAAAAAUUUGGGGGGAACCAACUAAUAGCUCUCCUGAAUGUUCUCAUUACUUCUUCCAUCAUUUUUAUUUUCAGAAAAAUUCUAUAAUGAACAUUUUCUCUAGGUUUUUGUUGCUGUUGUAAAUCACCAGAAAUAGUCAUGCAGAACUAUAUUUAAAUCACUUUGGAUGGACUUUAAUACAAGAUUCUGCCACCAGUGAUAAAAGGUGUAAGGUUCUUUGACCAACUAAAUAGAUGUGCUUUAGGUCUGUUUUCAACAUCUUUUACAUAGUUAUCUGUGUUUAGCUGAAUGUAAACAUGUAGUUGAAAAUAUUGCACAAAUAAUAAUUUGUUGUAUAAUCUGAAUUCAUGCAUCAUGAUAAAAAAGUGGGCAACC